UGGCCCUAAAAUGGCGGCCAUCAAACACAAUCUGCAGCGAGAUCUCUUCAAACCAAACGAGGAGAGACUUCAUGCGGUUGUGAGCGUGACUAAAGUUGGCAAAAAGAAGAAAGCAAGCUUUCUUUGUGUGGCUGGUAUGGAUUAAUUUGUAUUAAAUUAACAUCUAGUAUUUCUUUUCUCAAAAGUCGUGUUUUUUUUCCGUAUGUCUGUUUACAUGUGUGGUCAAGUUUAUGCCAACGAGAGAGCUGGAAAUUUUGAAUGGCUAGAAUAAUUAUUUGUAUAUAUAUCUAACGGCUAGAAUUUAUUUUCGGAAGCAUUCCUGCUUUCUCACAAGGGAGCUCCCCGCCAGAGGGGUACCAAUUGCGUAUUUUGAUCUCACUUACAUUUUAUAUGCUUUAAUAUGGGUGGUCACAGUCAUGUAACUCUCAGGGCUUUGCAAGAAAUAGGCUAUUGCACUAUAAUAUACGUACCCCACCGGUUGAGGACUAACUUUGUCUUCUUGUCCCUCAAGAUUAAAUAAAAUUGCAUUCACCGCUGAGGACUUCCAUAAAAAUUAAUAUGGGUUUACUCCUGAAGAAUAUAGGUCUACCCCUGAAAUCCCCUGAAGAAUUUCGUGAAAAUUAAAGCUCCACCCCAUUAAGAAUUCCAUAUUUUUUUAUUCUAUCCCUAACGAAAUCCUCAGUUUUUAUAAUGUGCCCCUAAAGAACUCCAUGGAUCCUCAACUGAGGGUACUUGGCUUCCACGUCUUGAAGAAAAAGGUUAGGUGGGGGGGAGGGGAUGUGUAUUAAAUGGGAUAGCCUAAAUAAGAAAGCAGAUGGUGGAAGGAAGAAAAGAUUCAGUGACAAAAUAAUGAUUAUUUAAUUGCAAAUUGAAAUUGUUGUAGAUUUGUUUUUGCUUUUACUCUGUCCUCUUCUUCUUUAGUGACUGAAGUGAAACCAGAAACAGUGUCUAUUUAUCAAGUUAAAAGAACUGAAAAAGAUUCUUAUAAGAAGAGAUCAAACUGGAGACUGAAGGACCUCAAGUUCAUCGAUGGCAAAGAUGAAACAAAUGUGAGAAUAGACAACAUUGACUUGGCUGGAGUUAAUGACAUGCACGAUAUUCUUACAGCACACAAGUUAUAAUUUCAUUUCCUUUUGCAUUGAUUUGUUAUUUAGGAGAAUCCAGAGUUUCAUCUUCAUUUUGAUAAGACUUACAAGUGGGUAGCAAGCAGUGUUCAGGACAAGAACAACUUCAUCAUUGCAUUGUGGAGGGUAAGCAUCAUCUUUUAAGUUUCUUUGUUCAAUUUAAUAAUGUUAUUAAAAAUAUUGCUUUGCUAUUAGAAGCUUAAAAUUGGCUGGAUGCGCUUUUCCUAAACAACCUGACGAGUUUCCAAAUUGAAAUAUUUCUCCUUGCUUGGGUUUUUUCUGUUUUUUAACUUAUCGAAUUUGUAAAAAUUACAUGAGAUCAGUACACUAGCUACUAAUCUGCCACAUCCUGGCAGGGCAGAGCAUUUCUAUUAUUUUGAUUAAAUACAGGUGCUAGGCUAUCACAAAUGACUUUUCAAUAAAAUAGACAUAGAUAUCUUUUAUUUGGCUGACCUUAGUAAAAAAAUGGCUUGCAGCUAGGUGGGGAGAUCACAAGCAGUUGUUACAACACAUGUUAGUAAAUAUAACUCAACUUUUUGUUUAUUUCUUGUUGUUUAGCUGUGUGAAAGGCAUUUGACUCAAAGGAAGCCACAAUUGUUGCAUGUCAGUGUAAUUGAAGGUACUGAAACCAGAUGAGUAAUACAUACCUGCCAACCCCCGGAGUACAAAAAUCUAAAGAGGUUUAGAAAUCUUUGCAUUGUAAGAAAGUCAUUUUCGACAAUGUCUGAAUACUCUCUCAAAGGCCUUCUGAAUGUUUCCGAUGUUGAUAACAACAUGCGAAACCGUGCCAACUUUCUACCAUGUAUUGUCCAAUUUGAUUGGUUGAUUUCUGACCAAUAACUAUACUCGUUAAAUUAUAUAUAUCAAUUUGAUUGGUCUGUUUUACAUUUUCCGAUCAAGAACAUCUCAGAUAAGAGCACUAAACCCACUUCCUGUUUUAUUUUCCUUUUUGACAUCUCGAAAAUAACAAAAUUAAUGAAAAAAUUUGGAAAAAGGCCACGGUACGUAUUUCCCAGAAGAUCUGGUGCUCUAACUGGGAGAUUUGAUGAAAACUUGGAGACUCCCAGGAAAACCGGUAGAGUUGGCAGUUAUGGUAAUAUUGUUACUACAUGCUUAUCCCUGGAGACAGAAAUAGAAUACCUGGUGCUGAAAAACAGAGCCCUCAAAACAUCCAUUUCCAUUUUCUAAUCACAUCUUGCAAUGUUUGGGAGAUGGCUGUUUAAUAAUGGCUCUAGAUGCAUUAUCUUUGAUUCCUUAUAUACUAGUAAUAAUCAAAGGUUACGGAGUGCGAAUGACAAUGAUCGAAGGUCAAAACACUUUUUGCUCCAGUGCUGAGCUUUGCAUAAGUUUCGCAUGACAGAUAGUCAAAACGUGCAUGAUCAAAUUUGUGUGAUCAGAUUUCAAGUGAUAGAAGGUCCAAACGCGCAUAAUCAAAUUGCAUUCUGUGCAUUCCAUUCAUUCUUAGUGGAAGUCCAAACGAAUGCUGGCUACGUACAUGUGAUGCAUGCGCAAUAACAACCUGCAGAUUAGGAUUGUGGGCUCCUCUUGUUGCCCGAAAUAACCCUUUAAAUCCAAAGAGUGACCCAUAUCAACUUUCUCCUAACAAAAUUAGUACGUCACCAGCUGAAAAUAUUUUGAGAAUUGAUAAAACUGAUCACCAAAGAGAAAUGCUUUGAUCUCUUAUUAAAUUAUCUUAACUAACUCUUUAAGAAGACGUUUGGAGAUCAGUCUGGAUGAUUUCUUGUGUUUUAGAUGUUAUUCAUGGUGGUGAGAGCAGUAGAGCACAACAGCAUACAGAUGAAGGCGCUGGAGGUAAAAUUAAUUUAUUGAAAUAUUUUUUAACCAUGGAUAUGUUCUAGGUACAUGUGAAAUCAGUUCCCAGGCUAGAACCCGAGCUUUAACUUAAUUCUAGCAGGCUUUAUCUACAACAAAUAAACCUGCCAUGAUGACACUUUUAAAAGUGUCUGUAAAGGAACAACCAUCCCCUCAUGUGCAGUUAAGGGGGUUUGCUUCAUAAAACCUAAUACAGUCAACUCCCGGUAACUCGAACCCUCUAUAACUCGAACCUCGCGCUAACUCGAAGCAAUUUUCAUUUCCCUUCGGAACAGUUUCUAUUAUUAUAAUUUUACCCGCGAUAACUCGGACUCCCAAUCGAACUUUUUUCUGUUUCCCUUGAAGGUCCGAAUUAUCGGGAGUCGACUGUAUUACUCCUCCUGUAACAAAACACCUUUUCAAAUGUGCCUCCACAAAGUUUAUUCCUUUACUUUAAAUUUAUUUCUUUCCUGUACUUUAACUUCAGAACAGAGGCCUUACUAGCUUCAAAUGACAUACCGUGCUUUGGCAAACUAUCAAAGGCAAAUGGAUUAUUAGGGCCAUUUAUACAAGGAAAAAUAAGACGCAUCUUACAUAGACGCGCCUUAAAUAAGACGUGAACUUUCCUUAUAAACAGCACAUUUCAUCUAAAAUAAGACGCGUCUUAUUUUAGAACAGCCCUUAACACCUGUUCUUAGAUAAGACGCGUCUUCGCUAAGACAAGAAAAAAUUCGUAUAAAUGACCUUCGUGUCUUAAACAAGACGCGAACGCAUAGUGCGCAUGCGUUAAUUUUUGGCACGCUACGUUAGAUUGGAGUUGCUACGGGCAACAUUCACAUGAAAACGAGUCAAGAACAGAAAUAAGACGCGAACCAUUUAUACGAGCUGCUCUCGUCUUAGAUAAGACAUGCUCGUAUAAAUGGUACAGUUCGCGUCUUAUUUAAGACGCGGCUUAUGUAACACACGUCUUAUUUUUCCUCAUAUAAAUGGCCCUAAUGUCUCCUAUAUAAUGUAGAUCUUUUGUAGGUAAAAUGCUUUUUCUUGGGGCUUCAUCAUAUCAGGCUUCCACGGUAGCUUUGCUAAGUUGUAAAGACAUGUUUAACUUUUCAGUUGAAGACUACCAGGAGCUGACAAAACGAGAGGAGAACGAUUUGGAGUACAUGAUAUCCCAAACUGAAAAUGCAAUCAGCAACAUUGAAGCAUUCACAGAACAGCUGUCUAGGGAUUUGUCCGUUUUAGACGGGGUAAUAGAGCUUACAAAAUUAAUAUUAAGUAACUAAUAUUAUUGUAGCAUAAGUAACCACAUGUUGUAUGACUUUAACCCUUUAAGCCCCAAUACCCACGUACAAAUUCUCCAAACUGAUCUCUAUACAUUUCCUUUAAGAAUAAGUUUGAGGGAAUUUGAUAAAAGAUCAAGGUAUUUUCCCUUAGGUGAUCAUUUUAUUAAUUCUCAUAACCUAAUCUCUUGACAUUGUAUGGAUAUCGUUAGGAGAAAAUUGACUUAAGACACUAUUGGGACUUAAAGGGUUAACCUUAAGGCUUGGUUUCAUCUGCAUUAAUGAUAUUGUGUAAUGAAUAAUUUGAAAGAUCUUUCAAGGACCUUAGAUGUCACAAAUUAUUGUCUCUAUCUAGAGGAAAAAUGUCUUCUUCUUUUAAUAUCUUUUAUUUCUGUGUUAUUCUCUGAUGAGACAAAAGUCUCCAAAAGGAAUAUAGUCAACUAUCUUCUAUCUUCUUGUUUCCAUACAUCAUAUUUAUGGCCCAACUGUGAAGACAAUGUUUACGCAUUUAGAUGAUCAUGUUGGGACCUCCCAAAUUGACUAAGAAAGGAUUACAGGACAUUUUGUGGCUUACUGCAUCCUUAUUGAAUAACAUUAAAGGACUGUAUUGAUAUUUUAGGCAAAUAUCCAUUCCAUCAUGAAUGCUGAGCCACAAGUUGAAUCCCUAAUGCAACUGUUAAAUGACGCUCUGAAUGAACUUGAAAAUCUGGAUACACGGCUUACUGGCUAUGACACACUGUUAAGAGUAAGUUAAAAUUGCCACACUUGAAGAAUGUUUGAUAUUUGCAUGUAGUUUUGUUGCUGUACGUGUUAAAAGGGGAAUAUACUCUUCUUGUCACUGAAAGUUGACUUUUUCACCCCUUUCUGGGCCAAUUCAAAUCUAAGAAAAAAAUCAUUUUUUGCAUCACUUGCAAAAGGUUUAACAAGAUAGACUGCAGGAGUAAGAUUUGUGGUGGCUUCGGAUUUGAUCCAUAGACUCCAAGUUUGAAAUGUCGUGAUCAGUAGCUAAGGGGUGUGCAGUAUGUUGAUUGUAUUUCAAACUGUCCUAUUGUUUCAUUUACAAUCAUGAAGCAAUUUUAAAGGAGUAUCUGCUAGUUUAUUAUUAAAGUCACCCAGCCAUUUUUUCUCAAAUUGUCACUGACCGCUAGGGAAAGGGUUCAAGAGUUUGAGAAUGUUUUGUUUUGAUACUGGUGUGCGAUAUUAAUAGUUAUUAAUGAAUCAUCAAUGUUUUACAGGAAGUUCGUGCACAGAUGGAGGUGAUGGAAGACAAGGAUAAACACAUGGUAACUGAGAGUACAAACCGCAAAAAACUCUUGGAGGAAGUAGAAGCACUUGUGGUCAGUUUCUCCUCUCUUCUUGAUACAACUUUGUUUGUUUGUCUUUCUAUCUCCCUUUCCCUUAUAGACAGUCAAAGAAUAGGAUAAUUUCAAGAAAGGUGAGGAUUGACCCUAGGUGUGUGUUUUAGGGAGGUGGCCAUAUGAGAUCUUCGUCAACCCUUUUAUACCAUGGUCCAAGAGGUUUUUCUUGAAAAUUUCUUAGAAAAACCUCUAGGCCCAGGGUAACACUUUUACUGCAAGAGAACGUGAUGGGUUUGGUAAGGUGAUUUAACUUUUGAGCUUGUGGAUGAAAUCCUAUGGCGUGACCAUUUAAACGAAACCUCUUGCGUAGUGCUAGUGGUACUAUUUGUUUUGUAUGUAGUUCUAAAUUUUGAAUCUGUGGACAGAAUCCCAUGGUGUGACCAUUCAAAUGAAACCUCUUUGGUGGUAUUUCAACAUGAUACGGUUUGUUUCUCGGCGUUUUACAAAAAAAAAAAAAAAUGGGCCACUUUUGGAAGUGAGUGGGCUUAGAUUGAGACAGUUGACUGUAGUUGUGAUUGUUGUUUUAUUCAGAGUACGCUGGAUGUUCCUGAGCGUAACAUUGCAGCACUUCAGGAAGCUGACCUGUCCAAGGGUAUGGGACUUAAGGAGUGUACUCAUGCUGCAUUCUCUGUGCUCCAUGCUUUGCAGACUGACUUAAGUCCAGGUACAUCACAAAGCCGUCAUUUACACUUCAAGAGAUUUUUUCAGAUUUAUAAAUGUUUAUUGCAUUUAGGGUAUCUGCAUUUGCAGGCUUUUGCAUUCAUCAGUAGAUCCAAGAACAUUUAUCCGGAUACAAAGUAUUUUCUUCAGAUUCUAGCGUGACCAAACCAUGACUUUUGUAUUCUUGGUCCAGGCAUCUGUGUGUGAAUGGCAAAAAGAAUCCCAUACCAAAUUUUCGGGAUUCAUCACCGAUCUGGAAAAAUCUCCUUCAGUGAAUGAAGUUAUGAGAAACUCUCAUGUGGAAUUCUCAAUUUGCAAUAAGGGGCCUGUUGUUCAGUUUGGGAGCUUUGCUUCUCAACUGGAAAGAGAUGAAGAGGAUUAAUAAAAUGGGAGGUAGGUGGGGCCUGUAAGAGGUGGUGCUACUAUAACUAACGAUAGUUUUUUUUUAUUAGAGAGAGAGAAAGGACUAACAGUUUUUGUAGCAAAUGCAAAUGCUUGAGCAGUUGUUGAACUAGUACCUCCUGGGAAAGAUUGUCAAAUUCUAGGGGGUUGAAAGAACAAAAAAUAGUUUAAUAAGGUAUUUGAAGUUAAGGGCGAUUGUUUUUUCUUUAUUUUCAGGUUUGACUGAAAUGAGGGCUGUCAAAGAGCAGAGGGAUAAGCUAUUGAAGCUCAGUAGUGACUUUGCUCAGCGAUUAAAACAUCAUCUCUUUGAAAUCUUUACUCGUCAUGUAAGCACGCCUCUCCUUCCACAAAAGCUAGAACUGCUCAUUAGUUCCUUUCAAACAACCCAGUUCAUGGUUGUUGGUUUGGGAUAAGAAACAGGGAUAUAGUGCGGUGAAGAUUCUUUAUCCCCUAAAGCAUCCCCUCUCCCAAUCUAUUAAAUCGCAUACUGUGUCGAAAAAACGAAUUAGUCAUGAAAGUAUUACACGAAAUAUAAAUAAUGCAAUUUUUGUUAAAUAUGAAAUUUAUUCGUAACAGGGUAUAGAGCCAGAAACUGUUGUCCAGCACUCCAGUGAGUUAUGUAUUCCUAAACACUUGGCCUGCCACAAUGAUCUGGUGCCAUUUUCCGAUCUCAUGAAAUGGCUAAAGGAAGUGGAUCAGACAGUUUUUCUCCAACUCUGCGAGGUAUGUGACUCUGUUAUCGUCACUGGGUCAUGGGCUCCUGCACCAGUGUACUAACGUUUGGAACUUGAUUAAAUGCACCGUUCAGAUACCCCAGUUGUCAGAAAUACAUGUAACGCAUCGUUAGAGUGCCAGCAAAAAUUAAAAAGCCUGCGAGAAAAUAUACUCUCAGUGCAUUACAAUGCUAUGGUCUAUAAGUACACUCGCAACAAACACAGACGUCAAUGUGAUUGAAUAUUACUGAUAGCGAUGAUGAUGAUGAUGAUGAUGGUGAUGAUGAUGAUGAUGAUUAUGAUGGUUCUGACAGUUAUGAUGAUAAUUUUACAUGCAGAAAGCACUUUUCACUCUAUCUCUGCCAUUUAACUGGUGUUAACUCUUUUUAGGCCUACACUCAGUGCCUUAGCAAAGUGUAUGAGAGGGAACUGAAAGACUUCUUUGAAGCUGCAAAGCAGAGGACGUUAACAAAGGGCGUUCGGGGUAAGUUUUUAUUGUGGUAUAUGUAAGACAUUUUGGUAUUCUGAUCAGCUUUGUUCUUGAUCGAAUGGGCUGUGUCACAAGAAUAUUGCUGUUUCAGGUCAAUUCUAUGCUAAGGUUAUUACUUUAUAGUGCCUUUACCCAGACGCAAAAUACUCUUGUAGAAUUAUGAAGAAAAUACCUUAAAAUUCCGAAAAUAAGCCCUGGGGCUUAUAUUUUUUAAAGGCCCUUUUGGAGGGGCUUAUUUUUGGAGGGGCCUAUAUUCGGAGGGGCUUAUGUACGGAGGGAAAUUUGCGUUUCAAAAUCGAUUGGGCUAGCUUGUAGUGGGAAGGAAAUUUACCAUUUUUGCCUUAGUAUUUGAGGGCAAAUUCCAAGUACAAGGCCCCCCAGGGGGCUUAUAUUAAUUUUGGAGGAGCGAUUUAACGGAGGGUUUUUUAGCAUUACGAUUUGGGGGGCUUAUAUUUGGAAGGGCUUACACUUGGAGGGGCUUAUUUUCGGAAUUUUACGGUAUAACACAAGUUUCAUCAAGGAGCUCUAACCAUAAUAUUUUUCUGUAACUUCUGCAGGUAUAGCAUUAAAACUUGCAAAAAUUGACCCAUUUGGGGGGGGGGGGUACUGCCAUAUAUAGGCUAUAUGGGUAUGUGCCACUGUGACGGGUAUGGUUUUCAAGCAGUUUACUCUGGGAUAGGGUAUAUAAAUCAGAGAGUUUGAGUCUAGAAGAGAGUAUCAUUUUCCAUUUAAACUGAUCAAUUGGCUGAAGAUUUUAGUCUAGACUGGGGAAACCGGGAAUUGCCACUCAAGAAUAUAAAAAAAUCAAAUCGGUUUUGUUUUGGCUGGACUGUGCUAGUAACCUCAGUUGUUUCUGGAAAAAAGCUAAUCUAGGAUAAGGGGGAUUUGGGGAGUUUAGUCUAGUGUAGGGUAGCAAAAUUCACUUGAACUAGCUCUGGUAUAGGCUAAGGGUUCCAGUGUCCCAGGGUCCCAGCAGCAUAUCCCCACCCAAAAAGUCUUAAAGUACCCCCUCCAGGCCGGGGGGGCAACAGACGACAGGAAACAGUCUCAAUGCCUAAAUAUAGUCUAAAGUAACAACUCUGGAUUAUUGUUUUUGGAAUCCAGUUGAUGUGAAGACGCGCUUUAGUUUCUUUAAAAAACUAAAAUAUAGCAAACGGCUUGACAGAGCCCUUUUAGUCAAGGUCUGUAAUGUAAAGAAAUUAAGCAUACUUCACUUCACAAGCCUUUGGCUAUUUAUUUUUAUGUAUGCGUUAAUUUGUUGUUUGUUUUGUUUUUUUCUAAUAGGUUAUAGCGCCUUCAAGAUGACUGGGUCAUCCUCUGCGGUCAACAGGGAAGAUCCAAGAAUGAGUCCGCGGCCCAGUCCCCGCAAGGGCUCACUCAGACCCAAGGAAAAGGCGCAAGAGCGUAAAGACAACGACUCGCUCUCGAUUGGCUCUGACUCUAGGUCAAGGUCAGGAUCGCUAAGCUCAAUGGAUUCGUCAGAUCAGCUUCAAGAGGGAAGGAGCAAAUUUGAACGGGUAAUGUUGAGCGGUUAAUAGGAAGCUUAAGCAACGAUGACGACGACAGCAAUGAAACAGGGGCACCCAACGACAAUUUUCGGAAAAAUAUCUGUUCGAAAGACGAUUUGAGAUCUAGAAUUUUCGUAACAUUUGUUGUAAAAUUUCUUGCUUGUCUGCCUCUCCUAGGAUUUUCGGACAUCUAAAAAAUGGUAUAAUUGCCUAUUUUUAACGGAUUUUUACCCUAAAAAGGUCACCUAGAAUUUUCGCGAGCCUUUUUUCUGGCUAAAAAAUUCGAAAAGGUAAGUUUUGAUCCCUAUAAUUUUCGGAUCACUUGACUUUCAGCUAAGAAAUCCGAACAGAUGAAAAAUUUUUAGGGGAUAAAAAUAUGCCUAUAUCUACCGUUUAAUACUAAAAUGCGUUUAACAAUUCUAUGUUUAAGUGGUUUUGAACUAUAUUCUCGUUGGGUGCCCCUGAUGAAAAACGUCACUACAAACUUUAUCGCGUCUAUUUGGACCCGCUCAAUUUCUCAAAUGUAGGCGAUUUUUCGUAGAGGUGAAUUCUCAAGGUUUUAUCCUGGUCCAAAAUGAGACAGGAAAAUUUGUCGCCGUAUGUUCACGUGCUCUAUAAAACGUCGCAUUAGGAGAUUUCUCUUCGUAUUCGUGCAGUGGACGUCAAAGAAAUGUACUAAAAGGCGUGAUGCACAUGCAGAGCUGUUGUUUUGCUCAUAAAACCAAUUGUUUUUUGACGUUGUCGUUCAGUUGUCCUCGUCAUCGUGGUUGUUGUGCCAUAUAUGGACCCCUUUUCUUCAAAGUUUCAAUAGCUUUGGAGAGCAGAAGUAUACAAGGAACUCCGCCAAGAUCAGAUUUUCGAACACUUUCUUUCUCUGCUACCUUGGAAAUGUGAAUACCACGUUACUACAGCAAAGGAACGCCUUUGGCCUUUGUAAUUCCACAUUCGUUGUCUUCUUUACAAUUUCACCUCGUUGAUUCAAUAAGCCGGAUCACUCUUGUUGUAGCGUAAUAAGUGUGAUUAGUAAAAUAGUGGUCUAUUAUCAAUGCUGCGUUCUGAUUGGUUGAGCUACUAUUGGACUAUAUGUAAUAGCCCAUUAGUAGCGAAAAGCACUGGCGUUUUGGCGGCAAAAAAGGAUUAAAGUGUAGCUUUAACUAGCUAAAGUUUUUUUGUCUCGAGAUUUUGACCAACUAGUUGGAUUUUACUAAAACAAUUAUUCCUCUCGCCCUCAUGGCCUCUGAGUCAAUAGCCCAUUCGGCCUUUCGGGCUAUUGACUCAUAGCCCAUUCGGGCUCGAGGAAUAAUUGCUAAUCAUCCAUAAGGUUUCUGUAACAGAAAGUAUAGUUGGUCAAGUUUCAAAACCAGCAAAAUAUUUCUUGAAUCUGUAAAGUCCUCACAUACACAACUUUCUUGUCCCAAAAUAGUGUCGGAUAAUUUGAGAAAUGCUGUUUAGUGUUAGUUGGUGCACGACAAAUGGUGUGUUCAAUCGAUCUUUAUCAGCCCAUUUUUCCUGAUUCCUCUCGUAUCAUUUAAUGAUUUUUUUGGCUUCCCACCAGGUUUUUGAUAUUUUAUUAUUGGAGCUGGAGCCGGUUUGCACAGCUGAACAGGAGUUCGUUCAGAAGUUCUUUGAUUUUAUCUUGGAGGAGCCGGAAGUAAGUUUGAGCCGGAAGUGGGGAUUUGUUUUUGAUCUCCGGCUGCAUGUGACCCUCAAUUUCAUGUACCUGAGUUAUUCAACUUUACUUUCUAAUUCUUUAUUGAGAACUGAUACCAUCAUCUUCGCUAAAUUGAAUAAGCCCCCUCUCUUCCAAGCCAGUCUCAAACGUGCUUGAAAUAAAUAAGCACCCUGGGGUGCUUAAUAGGGGAUUUACGGUACAAUUAAAUAAGCUUUCACCAUCCAACGUCCCUUCUUACCUCCACGUGUGAUCUGUUUCUAGUGGCUUGGGCUUGUUUUUGUUUUGUUUGUUUGUUUUUGUUCUUUGUCUUUUUCCAGAAAACAGAGAAAUUUGUAUUUACUCUUGGGAAAGCCGCUACAGAGGUUGUAACAUAAAUUUUUAGAGAGCAAAGCUCAAUGUUUAUCCCGCUUUGUUUGUGCUAGUUUUUUUUUGGUCUGUCCUUUUCAGCUCUCAGAGACUUCAAAUAACCCAUUCAGUGUGGAUUCUUCUGAUGGAGCCAUGUCUAGCAGACCAAAAUCUGUGGACUCGACGUAAGUAUGGCACGUUCAUGGAUAUAGGCUAUGUUGGCUGCGGCUGCACUUGGCAAGUUAACCGCGUUGGUUUUUGAAAAACCCGGUAAAAAAAGUUUUCAGAACGUAACCUGGUAAAAAGAGUUUAACCGGGUUAUUUUUUUUCGGCGGCCGGAGUCGCGGCCGGACUCAAUUUAGACUUUCACAAAGUCAUUCAAUGUCGCGCGGUUUUGUUUUUCGUUCGCUCGGGUCGCUCAUAUCGACUCAUAACUCUCGCCUUGGAGUGAGCGCGUAUUACCUGAUAAAAAGCCUAUUAAACCUGGUUAAGAAAAUCUAUUGUUCUUGCUUGAUUUGCAUAACCCGGUCAGAACUUGGCUAAGACUGCAGAAAACCCAGCCGCACUCGCAGUUGUUCUUAAAUGAGUAAACUUUAAUUAGUUAAUUGGAGAUAGUUUGGUUGAGUCCCCUAGUGCGGCGCCAGCCGUUCUGUUUAGUAAGAAAUAACAACAGAUCUUCUGCUUGUAAAUCGUUUAUUCAAAACUAACGAAUGUUCAUUUUUAUUUAGUGAUGUCAAGGACAGAACACCGCUAAAUGAAGAAGUCAGGUAACAGAGGCUAUUGCAUUGAUGUGCGGGAACCAUGUAGAAUGACAUACAAGAAAAAGUGUCGAAAUUACUAUCUUGUUUUUUUUCUCUUUGUUUUGCGCUACGAUACCACUGGCUAAAAACAUCUCGCGCCGCUUUCGGCGUUUUCCCGCCCUGGUUGGGUUCCCGCCAUUUGCACUUGGUGCUGGUUGCUGGUUGGUUCUUUUUAUUGUCCCAUCUUUCAUCAUUGGUCAACGUAAUGAUAUUGCCAGCCGUUUUUAAAUUAGGUUUUCUUGAACAAAAGAAUAUAUUUUAUAGCCAGGCACAGCAGACGUUCACCGUCUGAUAAACCAAUCAGAUUUUGAAGGAAAUAGUUGUAGCCGCCAAAAAGAGCGGGAAAAGGAAGCAGGCAAGUAACUAUGACAACAAAACCUUUCUCAGGGUAAUAUCGUAAAUAUCUGUAUUCAAAGUAGACAGACUGCAAAUUAUAGUAGUUGCUAAGAAAUAUACAAUUGGUUUUGGCUCCAUUAAAUCCUAUACCAAUUGGUAAGCUGGCGAGUGUGCCUUUCUUAUCGGGGACAAAAACUGUUAUUGCCCGGGUUGUUUACUCCCCUACAAAUUGUUCAUGUGGCUGCUUUGACGUAUUAACCAAGCAGCCUUAGACCUAGCAGUUAACAAAGUAAUUUGCAUUUUUGCGCGGGAGUAGGUGAAGAAAUGAAUACUUGCGGUGUCAAUGUCUAUCCAGUGUGCAGUCACUGUACCCUGUAAAUGCCAGAAGCUUUAAAGUAGACUCUUCCUUAGCUUGGGGAUCCUUACAGUGUCGGGUGGUUUAGUCACAGUUUCAUCAUGACUUCGCAAUCUUUUGCAGACUUAAAUAAGGUUUUAGUAUUUAUUAACACAAUGACACUUUAAUCAAAACUACAUCUGAUCUAACUGUUAUUCCUCCAGAAGAAGAAAACAAUGGAUCAAUAAAAACCGAGAAGAUAUGAAGUAUGUAAAACCUUAACCCAUUGCACUGUUGCUGAGCUAAACCUAAAUUUGUAAACAACAGGCCACAUAAACUUAACUUCGAUAUUACCAAUAAGUCGCACAAAGGUAAAGUUGUUAAAGCCUUUCAGCGAAACUAAACUGGUUAUAAAUUUGUAAACUGCACGACUGUUACAUAAAUGCACCUUUAAAAGCAAAGUAAAUUCUACGUAAACUGCCCGCUUUCAGCACUUGCACAGUAGGGUGUUGGGUUUAAUGGGAUUAAUAACGAACAUUUUUACUGUGUGAUUACUGGCUUGGACACUCUAGCCUAUGUAAACUGCACCCUUUGCUUUCCUCUCCCCCACCUCACCCUUUCACCUCCCACGCAGCCGUUUUUGUCUCGUCACGCAACGCUCAUGUGGUUUGUGACAAGACUCAAACUCAGACUCAAAGACUCAAACGGCUGUGAGGGAGACUACGGUUGUACAUGAGGAGGGAAAUUUUACAGCCGGUGAGCUUUAAAAGAGCCAAAAACAAAUCAUAGCAGUGGUUGAAACUUUUCGUGCGUUUUCUUUUGUAGGAAAAUCAUGCAAGGAUUGUUUAAUGUGCUGGAGACCGAAUUGCAGAGUUAUAUUCACUUUGCUGACAGACUAGAUAACUUGUAUGUUCUUUGUAUGACAUUUUUUAUGUAAUGUGGUAAAAGAGGAAACUUGAGGCAACAAGACUUCAAAUGAAAUGAAAGUACUCGGUAGCUUUCGUAUCAAUGUUACACUUUAGGAUUUCAUCAACAGACUCAAAAGUUAGAGCCAUCGUGCACUGUACAGGAUAACAGUGGCACCGGAAAAUUUUGCUCAGCACCUUUCAAGCAAUUGGUCAAAGUCUCACAAGUUAGAAACUCAUUCCGAAGAACAAUAAACAGUACCACAGGAAAAUACUCUCACUACCUUUCAUCUGAAUGGUCGUGGUGCAGGAUUUUAUCCACAUUCUGAUGAUUAAGUGAUCAUUGCGUCUAUCAAACAGAUUGCAUUGUCUCUAGCUUGGAGAUUGUGUCAACCAUGUGUCCUGUUAUAUUGCAGUAACACCAUGUAUAUGCUUGUGAAGAUCGGUCAUUUUGUUAUCACGACGCAACUGUCCGGAUCCCCAGUGUCUUAUCUCAGUCAACAGCUUGGAAACUGUCUCAUUUCUGUAAAGCGCCUGUUCGACAAAUUUAUAGUAAGUGACUUUAACUUAGUCCCUUUCCAGUCUGCUUCUUCAUCUCUGAUUUUCUGGUCUUCCACUUUUGUAAUUUCCUGCUCUCUCCGCCAGGGCGGAUCCUGUUUGUGGGGGGGGGUCGGCGGUGUUCCGUGAAAUAAUUGAAAAUAGUUAAUAUGCUGGGGGAGGGGAGACAGGACGAAUGAAACGGUGAAGGCGUCUAUCCCUCUCUUUCUCUUUCCCAUCAUCCCCCGCACGCUUUCUAACCUUACUCUUCUCCCCAGCCUCCCUGUGUCACAAAGGUGCCUGUGGAAGGGGGGUGGUAGUAUUUCCUAUAUAUGCCUUAAAAUUCUCGUUAACACGGGCGAGUUUUCCUUGCGGGUUUGGAUAUUUGGCUGUUUCUGCACGCGAGAGAUGCGAACAACCUGCCUUGGUAGAUAAGUGUUUACUUCAUGCGCCUCUUACGGUAUCUCAUCUGCAUGUAAAGUUUAAAAAUUCACAAUAGACUCGCCACGAAAUCAAAUCAAACUAUCACAGCAGAAAGUGUAUUGAUUCUUUGUCUAAACAGGCUUCAUAACUGAAAACCUCUUUUCAAACUUGCCCUGUAUUCCUUCAGCGCUUGAUAACUGUUAUAUGUUGAGUUUCCCACGCUUGGUUGGGGUUGCCUUUUUUCCCGCCACUUUGUGUUGUUCUAUGUUGGAGGCUUUGAAUGGGUCCACAAUAUUUUAUUUUACUGUUUAUGAAUUUUGCAACCUUUUGCUCAUGUUCCACCCCUUCUUGGGCAUGUUAUUUUCCGCAAUUCAACACGAGCUUGACGUUCGUUGCUCUCUUCUCGCUUAUGGCCGCCACGAUUACAUGAUUUCCCUUGCAUGAUGACUGUUACAAAAGUUGCAAACAUUUUUUUGUUGUUACCCUUAGACGAGUUUGAAAAAGCAAAUUGAAGAAACGAAGGUGCCCAAGACAAAGAAGUGUGGAGUCUUGCCUUUUGUGAGUAAGUUUGAGGUGAGUGUUGGUUGAAUUCUUCGCCUACUCGUCACUAAUUUAACCUUCAUUCCGGCUGAAAUCACGGGAUACGGCCUUGACGUUUAUAUGCAAUUUGAAAACAUGCCAAUGGAGACUAGCGUUGUUACGUCUAACAAAGUGCUUCAACUUCACGAAGGUCUUGAAUUAAACUAUGCCUUGUUACAACGAUAAGUAAAAAGAACAAAUUAAAUUAUACUCCCUGAAAGGUAAUAGUUAUGAAACCUCUCCCUCUAUAAAAUGACAUUUUUCAGUGUAGAUUCCGUCGGUUAAAGUGAACAAUGACUAUGAAUUUCUUAGAUCUAUUUAGAGCUUGUCUCGCAUCAAUAGUCUUUGGUUGAAAACAGGUUUUUGAUAAAUAUAAUCAAACGUCGUAAUGUUUGGCGCGUCAAAAAGGAGAAGCCUUAAUUUGAAUUUUCACUGCAUGGUAUGAGUGGGUCAUGAGCCUGGUAAUUUCUUGUAUCUCUCAUAGGAAUUUGCAGCCAUCUCAGAAAGUGUGUUCAAAAACUCGGACCGUCGCAAUGACCUUGACAAGGCGUAUCAUCAUCUUAUUCGUGUUGUGUUUGACAACGUUGAACGAAUGGCAGAGGAACACCAGAAAACACCAAGGGGUGUGGUCAUGAUGGGUAAGCCGGCUAAACAAUACUGACAUGAUUAAUCGUUUAGAUGUUUUAUUUCAACGUGUACAUAGAAGAGAAAACGGAAGAUAGUAGUGAACUUACGCGACAGAACGGGAGAGAGAAGACGGCAAACCUUGUGUGACAAGCGUGACAAAUGAUUAAUUUUAUUUGAAAUAACUUUUCGCCAAACUUCACUUUCCUUUAAACAGAUCUUUUUGUAAAAGACCAGAAAACACUAAUGUUAACUGAAGAUCACGACAAAACACGUAAGUAAUAACCCUGUCACGUUUGUCACACACGAGCGUUUUGCCGUCCUUUUACGUAAACUCACUUGUGACGCUGAGCGUGGCUAUGCAUUUGUUAACCAUCUUCGUUCCCAGCGGGACUUUUUCCUUUGCUUUGGGGCUGGGAAAGUUCCUUGGAGCGAGUUUGUUUCUCAAUUCAUAGCUCACUAUUAUUGUUUUCUUUUAUUUCGCAGAGAAUUAUCACCAUUUAUUUCGUAAGUAUUCCAAAUUUUUCAUAAUACAGGUGAACCUCUUCACAACAGUCACCUUGAGGACAGAAGAAAGUGACCGAUGUAGAGGGGUUUUUAAACCCCUGUACUUGGUUAAAAACAAGAGUCAAUGUAUGAACUGUCUGCCAAAAAAGUGGCCAUAGUAGAGAGGUGACCGUUAGUGGAGCUUCCAAUUUAUCUCUUUCUUCUAAGUUAUUUUCUAUUGUAUAUUUUUUUCUCGUUCUUGACGGUCCAGCGUGCGUGGGCACGAACAUGCGUGAGAGUGUUGUUUUUACUUGGCUUUUUGCUCACGCAGGGGUCUUGACGCGUCUAAAGAUCGUGUGCUUGGAGAACGAGAAAAGAGAAGCGAAGAAGAAGUAUUUGGAUAGCCAGAAGAUGUACGUCAAGGACAUGCUGGGAAGACCUAUGGAGAAACUCAGUGUAAGCUGGCUUCCCCCGUGGGGUACUCCUAGGAAUUCUCGGUGGGGAUGUGCUGCCCGGUUCUCCAAAUCCUGACCCUAUAUCGGACUAGAGAAAAAAGUCAUUUUCCACACUCGUUUUUAGACCUCGCCUCUAAAAUCCAUACGCAUUUUCAGACCUGGCCUCUUAAAAUUCCAACAAAAAGAUUUCUUAAUAUCCACUUCGAAUUCGUAAAUUACUCUUUCUUCCUUAUUUAUUUGGAAUUACAACGACAAAUACGUUCACACACUCCCGUAGUUCCCUCGAAAACCACACCCGAUAUCCAGACCAAACUGGGCAAAGGCUAUACCCCACUUUCAGACCUAUACGGAUUUAAAAACCUUCUCCUUCGGGGUGGAACAUAGUUAUACGGCUUAUAUAAGGGAGUACCCCCAGCGGAUGAUUGGUAGAUGUCAUGUGACCUAGUAUUGACCAACCUCGGAAAAGCCCUCGUUACGAGGGAGAAUUUCCUGUUACGUACUGUAUAACAACAACAACAGCAACUGCAGAUAUUUCUUCGCAGAUAUUUUUUGAGGGCGUCCAGGAGCGUAUAGCAGCAGGAGUGAAGGAGGAUGAAGUUGGUUAUCAGUUGGCGUUCAGUAAACAAGAACUGAGAAAAAAUAUUAAAGAGUACCCAGCUAAAGAGCUGAAGAAAGGAUUAGAACAAUUAUACAAAAAAGUUGAAAAGCACUUGUGUGAAGAGGAAAACUUACUUCAGGUCAGUGUCAAUAACUGUUAUUAUAAUUGAGCAAGCAGGUUAAUAUUCUUUUGUUUACAGUGGAACCCCGUUUACCCUAGGUACCAGAGGUGUUUUCUCGCGUGCGACGAGGAACUUCGUCGGCCCAGGCCGAGACGUCUUCGGCCGAGGGCCGAGCAAUGAAAAGCCUCUCUCACCCAGGGUAAACCCGGUUAAGCUAGAGCAAAACGGGCAACAAAAACGUGCAACUUCUUUUCAGACUCGUACCCAGUCGCUAUUGAUGUGUUUUGGGGGUGAGGGAAGACUGGGGUAAGGUUGAGGCACGUGGAUACUCAUGGGAAGGGGCGAAGAGACGCUAUUUUUCCUUCGUCCCUUCCCAUGAGUACCCGAGCGCUUCAACCUAACCCCAGUCUUCUCUCACCCCAAAACACAUAAAUAGCGACUGGGUACGAGUCUGAUUUCUUUUGCAACACUGCUGCAAAACGAGUUGAAUAGCGAUGUUGCGCGUUUUACCACCCACGUUUAAACCUCUUUUGCAACAACUCAGGCUAUUGUAAGCUGCGUGAAUACUGAGUUUUAUUUGUUAAAAUUACCCGGGAGUCACGACAUGCACAGAGUUCCGUCACUUGCUGCAAAACAAGUCCCGCUUGGGCCGGUAAAACGCGCAACGUGGAAUAAACGACACAAAAAUGAAUAAACGUAUCCCGUGACUAAGCGAAAUGCCUAGAGGCAAAUCUAAGGAUAAUCACGUUUGUUUAUGAACGUUUCAGGUGGUAUGGCACUCGAUGCAAGAUGAUUUUAUUCAGCAGUACAAGCAUUUUGAAGAUCUCAUUCAACGCUGUUAUCCUGGCUCAAUGAUCAACCUUGAAGUCACCAUCAAUGAUAUCUUGACUUUCUUCUCCAAUAUCGCGCAGUCUCACUGAGCGCAGUGUACUAAAUUGCUAUAUAGUAUAUUGUAACAAUAUUGGAGCAAUAUCAGACUAAUAACAUUGUAAAGAAAUCGUUAAACCUAAUCAGAAUCCCUCAUAAAAAUAUGAAUUCAAAUUCCCAAAGCGAGGAAACAAAAUUAGCUGUUAAAAUAACACAAAUAUAAAUGGAUGUCUGAGGUGCGUCAUUGUUAAUGUACUUUAAAAAAAUAGAAAGAGAUUUAUGGUGGUGUAACUACAGUCGAACCUCGCUAUUUCGAACUCGGUUAAUUCGAAGUCCCCGAUAUUUCGAAGGAAGAUCGAAUGCCCUUGGAUUUACCCUUCCCCUUUACGCUUCCCCGGUUAUUUCGAAGCCCCGCUAUUUCGAACUUUUUUCCAUUUCCCUUGGGACUUUGAAAUAGCCGGGUUCGACUGUAUAGAGUGUUUUCACAUGACGUCACGGCGGCCAUAUUGGUGUCCCAAAACAAUGAAACGGCGGCCAUGUUGGUGUCCCAAAUCAAUCCUCUGGGAGUUGAACUUUUUUCUUAUGCAAACGCUUUCUUUUGUUCCAAUAAAUUAGCAUAGAUGCUGGCCACGUGAGUGAAAACACUCUAUAACAUUGUCGCAACCCUUUAUACAUUAAAACGUUGCGGUUCAUAAUUAUUGAAUACAAAAUAAAUGACUGCUAGAAUCAUUUUUGCUGUCGUUUUAAAUGAACUGUUGCC